GAGACGUUUUCCCUUGAAGCGCUUUGAGGAAGGGCCUGUGCCUGGAAGCCUGCUUAUUUUGUUGUUGUUGUUGUUUUUAAUUAUUCUUUUCCAGUCGUGUUUCGCAAGCGCCUCUCACGUCUCUCGGGAGGAUCGUACCGCUCUGCUUCCGGCUUGGCAAAACCUGGGGACGGAAAUCUGUCCCUUUACUCCAAAGGCCAUCCUCAAGUCUGCAUGGAUUUGGAGGUUAAAGGAGUUGCUGCAUCCCCUCGAAGGCAGACUCAGCUGUCCUCAAGGGGAAGGAAACAUAGUCAAGAAUGGAGACUAGAUACAAGAGCUACUCGUGGUCCUCGUCCACCGGAGGUGCCAUGCCUAGAUCUAGGGAAGCUGGGAGAUUCUGAUGAAGAGGAUGAGGACUCUUGCAUACCAUAUACCAGAAGUUAUCCUCGUGCUUGCCCUCUAGAUUCAUCUUCAAGGGGGAGAACUUCAUUACAAUCACCAUAUGCACAGAACCAACAUGCUCAACAACAUUCUUCUCUGGAACAAAAGACAAUACCAGAAAAUCUGCCCUCCCCAAAAGACAAGUAUAAAGCAAAGUAUCAGCAGUAUGAGGCAGAGAUGAAGGAAAGAUAUAAGCAACACUCUCAAAGAAUUGCGGAAAAGAAAAAAGACCAUAACCAGUAUCAAGAAGCCUCAAGAAAGGGUACACAUUUUGAAGAGAGGCAGAAUGAAGCCAUGGCAGCUCUUGAUGAGAAAGCUCUCAUUCAGCAAGGCUAUACAAGCAAGCCUUACAAUAUACAACACAGCAUAAAGAAAUCAGAAGCUGAGGAUGUAGCUGCAGAGAGGAGAAAACAAACUGUAGUAGAACAGGUGAUGCUGGAUCAGUUAUGUAGGGCUGUUAUAAGUGACCCAGAGCAAUCAACACGAGCUGAUGCUGAUCAGGUAUCUCAUGGACUUCCAGGACUUGGGACAGCACCAUUGCGCUUUAGAAAAAGAACAUUACAUGAAACCAAAAUAAAGACCAAAUCAGGAUUAACUGAAAACAUGCUUUCUAACAAGCUACGCUUUGAUAGUAGGAUUGUAUCAAGAAAUGGUCGUGAUGCUUGUAGAGAAUUGAUUGGAUUUUUUUUUGCAUAUGACAGAUCCAUUACUGUGUAUGAAUUUCGACAGUUUGGAAAAAAUAGAACAAAUGCCUUGCCUUUCAUUCAGAAGGGGAUUUAUCAGCACCAGCAAGGACAAAAGAAGGGAAAAGCUUAUGCUCUCAGUGACUUUUAUAUCGGAGCUAACCUCACUUUCCAAAGUGGUGAUCAUAACCUUCCAGAAAGUGUUAAGCAGAACCCCAUUCUCACCCUUCGUGUGACAAGUAUUGAUGAAGCAGCUCUGGCUCUUCUAAAAGCUAGUUCUGGGGAACUUGAGCAAGAAUUUGACAAGCAAGAGACUGAUGACUACAAAGUUUUCAGGAAGAUCCAAGGUAUGCUCAGAGAGACACUAAGGAAUAGGGGAGUUCGUGUUGUAACCGGCUUAGGCAAGUAUUUCCGACAGCUGGACAAGAGCAGAAGUGGGUUUUUCUCUCAGGCAGACUUUAAGGAAGCUCUAAAAUUAUUUCAUUUGGAAGUCCCUGAAGGGGACUUUGAAACCUUAUGGCUUAUUCUUGAUCAUAGCAAGACUGAUAAAGUUAACUACGGGGAAUUUAUCCAUGCUGUAGUUGGAGAAAUGAACGAGUAUAGGAAAGCAUUUGUAAGAAAAGCCUAUAUGAAACUAGAUUUCAACAAAACUGGGAGCGUGCCUAUGAUAGAUAUCAGAAAAUGUUACUGUGCAAAGAAACACCCUCUAGUGUUGGCAGGCAAAGCUACAGAAGAAGAAAUUAAAUCAUCAUUUCUGGAAACAUUAGGAGAUUCUUGUAGCAAUCCCAGUGAAGUAUCCUACUGUGAAUUUGAAGAUUACUAUGAAGGACUAAGUGUUGGCAUCGUGGAUGAUGAUGACUUUGUUAAUAUAUUAAGGAACCCUUGGGGAAUUUAGAGUGGAAGAAGUCAAAAAA